AUGAGGCAAAUGGCGGCGGAAUCUACGUGGUCGUCGGUGUUCCGAAGGGCCAAGAGCGUAUGCUACAUCAUUGGGGUUUGGAUCCUCUUCCCACUGAUGUUCACCUUUGCACUCUACAGCCUCUUGGCGCCAGUCUUUUUCGACUACUCAAAGCAUCCGACGAGGCCAGACACGCACAAGAGCAUACCCGUCACGGGCACGCGAGAAAUGAUCUUUUCCGAGCAUGAAAACUACAUGAACCUCAGCCACGAGCACGACAUGCUCUGGAUGGACCUGCUCACCCCCAACGGCGGCUUCGUCAAGCGGCCCGACAGGCAUGGUGUCGAGCGCAAGAACGGAAUCUCCAUGUUUCAUCAGCUGCACUGUCUGGGCAUGAUGCGCGAGGCCGUCCAGAGCUUGACCGAGAGGCUUGCCGCGGCCGAGGCCGGCAUGUCGUCGUCGUCGUCGUCGCAUUCUUCUCGCAGGGCGGCUAUGGGGGGUUCGCAUGGUCUCCAUGACCCGGAAGCGGAGCCGGAUCAUUGGCUGCACUGUUUUGACUAUUUGCGUCAGGUGAGCUUUUGCAACUUUGUCUUUUAUUUUCUUUCCAUGAUUUUCCAGGUCAAUCUCAAUGCUUAUGAUGUUGAUUAG